AAAAAAUUAGAAAUGUUCAAAAUUUUAUAUUGUUUCACGCGCUUGGCUAAAAUGUUUUACUUUAGCUCCGCACCGGUGCAGCAGUAACUUUAAUUUAUUCAUUAUUUAUUUUAAAGUGAUAAUUAAAGAGAAUCAGUAAUUAUCUAUAACUUUUAAAUGUUCAAAAGUUCUUUCUUACAUUAUUAUCGUCGUGCCAAAAGCACUCAUACUAUGGUCGGCAAGUUCCAAUACUUAAAAGUCCAAUUUACCAAAUAGAUGAAGUGACAAAAUAAUAGUGAGGAAAAAUAAUAAAGAUUAAAAAUUUCUAAAGUAGAAUAAUAAAUGCAAAAUGUACUACAUAAUUCAAAAACACAAUAAACGAGGUUUUAAAUUCACAGGAUUUUAUUUAUUUAGAACAAAUUCUCUUGAUUGCAAAAUGCUUUUUCAAGUAAUGAAAACAAAUUCUCAUUUCAAAUCUUAACCAUCUGAUCACGUAUUCAUAAAUAUUUUUCGCCUUGCAGGUUGUUUUUAUUUCUAAUUAUACUUAAAAAUAAAAUAAAACAGAAUUAUUUUUUAGUUUAUGAACAGUGUUAAAAACGACAUUUAGAUGCAUUCACUAUUUAAGUGAAUUUUUUUUAAUUCGAUGAAACGUUACCCAAUCACGUGAUACACCUGUUAGUAUCUGGAUAGCGAUUCUUUAUAAAUCAUUAUAAUUCAUGAUUUUUGAAUAGUAAAAAAACAAAUCUACGAUGAUUCGUCUAUCCUUUUUAUUGGUUUGCAUCUUUGUUUACUUCAAUUCAUUCAAUUAUGUUUCUACCUUUGAUGACAAUCAUUUGACUAAUGAAGGAGCAACGAUAUCUUGCACUUGCGGAAAAGAUAUUUUGAAGAAGCGCAUCAAUAAUGUAGCAGUGGAGGAAAUCCUCGAAAACAUCAUCAAAUCGAAAUUGAGUUCAACAAGCAUUCUGUAUUAUCCUGAUGUAAUUAGAAAUCAUUUCUUAAAAUGUUCCAUGUGUAAAAUAAGCGUUUCGAAGUGUUGGGGCAGAUCUAGCAGUAAAAAAUACACUUGCAAGGAAAGGUUAGCAGAAUUUGUAAUCUACAAGAACGAAACAGUUACUCCGGAAUACAGAGACAUGCUGAAAUAUGCUAUGAAGAAUAUUACAUCUCAUCUUGCAGAAUAUGAUGGUUCGCCUUCCAUUCGUAUCCAGAAAAGAGAUAUAGUGGUGUAUCCUUUAACUGUCCAUAUACCAAUUGGAGGUUUGAACACGACACGCAGAAAGAGAGAAAAUCAUUGGUGUCACUAUCCUACUUCCCUGCAGACAUCUGAUUUAACCUGCACACAUUAUCCUUCAAAAGUAACGUGUAUUCAGAAAUGUGCUUUUGGUCAUACGCUGAAUGAAGGUAAACAGUUGCAAUAUAAAUGCCGGGAGAGCGAAGAUAACUGGCGACCACAGAAUUUUCAAGAAUGCCAACCUUAUGUUGAUUGUACAAUUUCUCUAACAUCUGGUGGAAAGGGAAGCUGUAAGACUGCAACACUUGAUCGUGGUCCAGUUUGCAGCGUGAAAUGCCACAAAUUCGAAGAUAAACCAGGGACGAAAACAAAUAGUUAUCAAUGUGACAUCAAUGGACAUUGGUCACCACGUUUGCCUUUUUGCGCCGCUGCUGGAUCAGGUAGAAUGCUUUUCUUUCCCUCUAUAAUGGGAUGCCAAUGACGUUUAGCCUCGCUGAGAGCUCGAAAUUUUGAUGAACUAAAUAAAAUCAUCUAUAAAAAUGCACUUAAAAUGGC